AUGGUUGUGAUCGGAAAUGGCAAGGAAACAGGUACAAGUGGCGUUGUGGCGGCACGUUUGCUUGGCUCAACGUGUUCGGGUUUGUGCGAGCUCAUGAUUUUUCAUCCUGUUGAUACUAUCGCGAAACGUCUUAUGACCAACAAAGAGUCUAUGCAAGGUCUUGUGGCUAUUAACAAGGUCAUUUUUCGUGAUGCGUCCGAAAAGCCUUUAAUUGCUCGCUACCGGUCCCUCUUUCCUGGUCUAGGCUUUGCUGCUGGUUACAAAGUCUCACAGCGUAUUUACAAGUUUGGUGGCCAGCCGGUUGUUAAAGACUACAUGAUCAAGAACCACGCUAGUUUCUUUGAACAAACGUUUGGUGAGCGCAAUGCCAAGACGAUGAUGCAUGCGACAGCCGGUAGCCUCAUUGGCGUUGGUGAAAUUGCUCUUUUGCCACUUGACGUGCUGAAGAUUCGUGCACAGACAAAUCCAGCUGCAAUAGCUGGCAAAGGCGUGGUCCACAUUUUUAAAACUGAAGGCUUUGCUCUCUACCGUGGUGCCGCUUGGACAGCCGCACGUAACGCUCCUGGGUCGUUCGCUUUGUUCGGCGGCUCGGCAUUCGCAAAAGAAUAUCUGUUUCAGCUGGAAAAUUACAAUAGUGCGACGUUUUUCCAGAAUUUUGUCGCUUCCAUCUCUGGUGCCUCGGCCAGUAUUAUUGUGGCUCAACCUCUUGAUGUAAUCAAAACGCGUAUUCAAUCACGCCCAUUUGACUCACCCGAGAGUGGCAUGGUGGUAGUGCGCAAUUUGCUAAAGUUCGAAGGUCCAAGUGCGCUGUUUAAGGGUUUGAUUCCGAAACUCUCGGUGGUGGGUCCAAAACUCGUCUUUUCGUUUGCAGUCGCUCAACAUUUGAUUGCAUACUUUGAAAAGUCUUUCGCUUCAUAA